GUUGCAUUCAUCAUGGCGAGUAAGAAGCGCCUGGAAGAGUUAGAGAGACGACAGCUCGAUAGCAGCGGCUCUAACCGACAGACAGCAGGAAAUGAGAAGCACGUAGUGCGUGAGACUCAGCAACGGCCUGUGAGGGCGCAGCCCAUGCGAGGACCCAGUGCUAUCCCGAGUACACCAGGACAACAUGGCUGGAAGGAUCCGACGGGCCAAAGCACUGGCGCCACGUCUCAAUCCGAGCAGCAUGCGAAGAUGAAGGAGAGUAUCUGUACUCAGUUACUCGUUGACGGAUACGUGCAAUCGUACGUAGAUCUCUUCUACCUCACACAUCGCAACGACCCCACGCCUCAGCACAUCGGAGGCGGAAGCACUUCGACAACAAUGGCAAAGACUGGCGCGUUUAGUGCUUUAGAGCUGCCAGAGAUGGAGUUCCUGCGAGAUCAACUAGUGGCUGCUGAGCAUUGCAAACGACGCGGGGAGAUCCCGGACGUGAUGGCAGCUUACGACAGUCUAGCCACGUACUGCGCCGAGAAGCAGGACACAAAGACUAUGAUCUUCUUCUACGAGAAGUGUCUGGAGAUUGCAAGACUUGUCAAGGACCAAAUCAGCGAAAUGCGCGUCCUGAAUCAGAUUGGUAGUGGAUACCACGCUGCGGGUGAUUUGGAGCAGGCUCGCCAGUAUCUCGAGCUCUGUGUGGCCAUUGCCAAAGUUGUGUACGAGCACGACGACGAUGAAGAGCUCCGUGGCGAGGCAUAUGAACAGCUCGGUAAAGUAUACGUGGAUCUAGCAUUGCGUCAUGAGCAAGCGAAGCAGUUUCUUGAGGCCAUUGAACUGUACAAGCUCCGUUUAGACUGUGCGGUCAAGGCUCACAACCCGGAGGCACAAGCCCAUUCUCAAUUCAAGAUAGGCACCUGCUACAACGCUCUUAAUGAGCCUGCCAAGGGGCUUCCCUUCCUGGAGACUAAUCUCGCAGUAGCACGUCAAAUUGGAGACUCAGACGGUGAGGGCAAUGCUUGUGCAGCGUUGGCAACAGCACACGAGAAGCUCGGCAAUCAGCAGUUGUCCAUCGAGUUCUUGAAUCAAUACGUGGCUAUCGCAACGAGAGCUGAGAACAUCGUCAACCAGGCUGAUGCGUGCGCGCGGCUUGGUAAGAUCUACACAGCUUCCCAGAAUUUCCAGCGCGCUCGAGAGAUGCACGACAAGAACUACGAGCUCGUCCAAGCUGUAGCAGCCCGUACCGGCGACCGAUUGCAACAGAAUAUCUCCCGGGUGAGUGUAGGCGCCGCUCGUGCAAACGAUAAACUGGCCACGCUGCUUGGCCUGGUUAAGGAUGAUUUCCACGGGCUCUUGGCGUGGAAAAACACGCGGGCUGUGCCUACUACCGAGUAAAGCACUGCAGCAUAAUAACACUACACCAAACUUAACACUUCAUCAA